CCGCAAGUGGCAGGAUUUAAGAGGGGAAUGAGGACAAAGUGGGCGUCUGAUAUUUGGGGGAUCAAUAGUUUGAUCACGGAAUAAUAACGACGCACAUUCUCUGGUUUAUUUUAACAUCGCUUACACAAGUGAUAUAAAAAUAAUAACCAUGACAGCUUUGACGAAGCCGAAUAAUAUACUUUCUAAGGAGACUUUCAUAAAAUCUCAAUCGCCGCAGCUCGAAUACGAACCGGAUGAAAAGCCAACUUUACUCGAGGAGAAGAUUGAGAUCGAAUCUGAUUGGGCGAAGAGGGAGUGCAUCAAACUCUGGUGCUUCGCGCUCUUUAUGAGCUUUACGAUGGCGAUGAUACUGAUGGGAGUCAUCAUGACAAUAUACCAGCGAAUCCCACUCAUGCCCGCGAGCCGCUUGCAUGGCUUCUGCUCCGUGUCCGUGCCGAUGAUCAACGACAUGACCGAUAGCUACCGCGUGCUGCCCCUGAAAUGGAUCGACUCGCCGGAGUUGCAGCUGGUGGACACGAUGCCUGGACACGACAACUACAUCAACGCGCUCACCGAGCAGCUGGACCUGGGGCAGGCGCUGGAGAAGAUAGCCGUCAGCAACCACGGCCGCCGCGUCGACUUCAUCCACGACUUCAACGAUAACACCACUGGCAUCCUGGACGACGAGCGCUGCUUCAUGAUGACGCUGGACUACGACGUGGUGAUGCCCCCGGAGCUGUUCGCGUCGGCGCUGGACGAGGGGCUGCUGUUCGACGUGUCGCGCCUGCGCGCCAACGUGCAGGCGCGCGCGCCCAACGCCGACGAGAUGCUGCGCUUCGCUGGCGACCUGUUCGCCAGCUGCCGCGGCAAGCCCGCCUACAUGCUGCGCGACACGGCGGGCAGCAUCCGCAAGCGAUCAGUGGACGAGCCGGACGCCGACUACAUCCACUUCUCCGGCAAACAUGUGCUCGAGCUGAAGAUCGACAACCUGGCCGAGCUGCUCGCGCUCGAGCAGAAGAACAACACCAAGUAAUUGGUAGCGGAGAGUACGAUACCAGCUUUACGUUAACCAACACUUCUCUGAUGAUAUUUUUUUUUUUCAUUAAGUUAUGAUCAUAAUAGGCUAUGCAACAUUACAUCGUCGAUCAAGAACAGUAUAAUUAUUAUUAUUAAUUUAUUUUGUUAUUUAUUUUUUUUAUUAUUAUUAAUUUAUUUAUUAACUUUGCAGGACAUAAAUGGAACACUUCCUACAAAGUGUCGCCUUGUGUCUGUAUUUAGUAUCAAAUACAGACAUGUGUACUAAUGUUAUGUUACUACGUAUACCAAGGCGAUGAACCAAUGUGACGCUACUAGAUCCGACAAAUAUCAUCUUACGGAUGGAUCGUUAGCAGUUUCAUGGAUUAAUCAAUUUUAGCUUUAAAGUAAACUUUAUUAAGUAUACAGUAAGAAUACAGAAUAUCAGAUUUGGUUAACGUAAAUGCGACAUAUUUGUUUGUAACAGGCAAAAUGUUUGCCUCCUUGGCCAAGAUACUAACGUUGCCACUUAGAAGUUAACACGUCCCAUUUGUGGCACAGAUUAUAUAUUCUAUAUGUGUAUUUUUGACUUUCUCGUCAAAUACAUUGGAGUAAUUUACGUUACAUCCAAUUGGCGAGCAAAGUUUUUAUUCUAUUAGUGUUAGUUAUAAGACGAAGAGGUAAUAUUUUUAGUUUUAUUGGGCAAAGUGAGCCACCAAGCAUCGCUUGGAAAUGGCUUGCACUAUCUUAGAUUUAACAGGCAAAAAAAAAAUCAUGAAAAAAUUAAUUAAAUUGAUUAAAAUUAGUUUGGUAGUGUAGACAGCGUUCGAACACACUACAUCUGUUUCCUUACUUCAAUAUAUUUAUGGCGAUAUCCAAGCCACGUAGUAUAUAAGCUUAAAUUAAGAUCAAACAGAAGAAACAGACACAAUAUGCAGACAAAAGUAAAAAAAAAGAAAAAAAUGUAAAAAAAAUCCGUUCAAAUCUGAUCUACUCCUGCUCACACCCACAGCUAUAAACCUAGUUGCAAAUAAAUUAUUGUUUAUUUAGAUUUCUCUGUAUUUUUGACUAUGUUUUUUUUGCAAUAAAAUACAUAUAUUAUGUUCAUAAUAGAAUAACUAUUUUAUCUAAGGUACAUUUUUGAUAUUCGUACAUCUGACAAAAAAAUAUCUAUCAAAAUAUUUUGUUUGGUUGAAUGCAUUUAAAGAAAAAUAUAAAUAUGCAUAAAUUAAUCUAAAUUGACAGGUAUAAAAAGGAUGUUGUCUUUUCACAGAAGUUUUGAGAAAAUUAUAGUAAAAUGAAUAAAAAAUAUCAUAAGAAUAAAAGAGACAACAAAAUAGAGCCGUCCCAUUUCGAUGAUAUUAAGAAAAAGGUGAAGGUAACUGCCGCGUGCUGAGCAAAAACCGAGGUCCUGGGUUCGAAUCCUGGGUCGGGUAAUGGAAUAUUGAGCUUUUGUUGUUGCACCCACGUGUCUCGAAGAGCACAUUAAGCAGUCGGUCCCGGUGAUAUCCGCUAGACGCCAACCCACAUCGGAGCAGCGUGGUGGGUCUAAGCCCCACUAUACUUUAUAAAGACGAAGGUUAGGCCCCUAAGUGGGCCGUUAAAAUAGGCUGAUAAUGAUGAAGAAAAAGGUGUCCAUAUUUCUGUCAAUUUAGGUUUUGUAUGUCAAUAUUGGUGCUAAUGCUGUUGUACCAAAAUCUCCAUGAUUAUUUGUCAGCAUUUCGACAAUUAAUAGCAUCCACGUUGCAUUGUCAAAAGUUACAACGAUUGUUGGAUCUAUCAAUUUAGAUUAAUGAUUUAGGUACAACAAAAUUGGCAUAAAUACGGGGCUUGGCCUGAUAACUAAUGCGAAGAGGAUCAAGUAGAAAAAUAUUUUCAAUCACAAGAAUCACUCUAAUGUUUAUAGAGUCAGAGUUAAUUCAGAUGAUUUUGAAAUAAGUAAUAUAAAAAUAUAUUACACUAAUGAAUUGUAGUUUAUAAAUAUGACUACGUUUAAUGAAAUCUUGGACAAUACGUUAAGAGUGAAAUUCAACGUAAUCUUUGUCUGAAAGGCAAAAUGACUUAUUUCGAAAGAGUACUGGAAAAUUAUUUUUCAAAUGUUCCGAUGAAAAUCUCAUAUUUUUGAUUAGUGCCAUUUUAUGCAUUUAAUUAGUUAUAGUUUAAAAUAUUUUAGUUUAUAAAGAAGACGCUAUUAAUUAGUUCCUUUAUAUUUAAAAAAUAAUUAUAAUAUUAUGUUAUUUUCCUAUUAUUAUAAAUGUAAGUAGGUAGACGCACAUGUUUCUCUAAUUCUACCUUUAAAAGUUUUUUUUUUUAAUUUUUAGACAAUGGUGCUAAUUUUAUAGUCAAACGUCUCAAAUGUAUACUAAAUUGAUUAAAAAAAAUAUUGCUACGGCAAGUAUUUAAAGAAAUAAUUCUAGUUUUACAUAAGUCGGGCUACAGACCUUCAAUUUUAUCUGCGCAGUUUUAAUUGUACAGUAAUAUCUAAUUGAAAAAUCAAAAUCGUUAGAAAAACCGAUAGACAUAAAUGUUGUCAAUUUAGAGACUUUUCUACGGAAUUAGUGCAACUUGAUCACUAGAUUGUGGCCCAAGUGACAGUUUGUAUCAGUCGCUAAGAGAGAUGUGCCCUAAUAUUUAAACAUUUUGUUUUAAAGGUUUAUUUUUAACUUAAACAAAACCAUUUCAUAUCAUACAAAAUAUGUAUAUUUAAGUAUUAUUAAAAUUAAAGAAACUAUACUACUAAUUGUAUAAUAGUUUUUAUAACUAUAUUAUAUACUGUGAUCUCAUUAAAAUCGUAUUUUAGGUAAAAUUUAUUUUUAUUAUUUCUAUUUAGUUUUAGGUACCUAAUGAUAUUCUAUCUGUACCUAUCGCUUAAGUAUUUCAGUCCUAUUUCAUUUGUGAUAUCCAUUCUCACCGAAUAAAAUAAAAUAUCAAUAUUAA